AUACGCCAUUUUGACAUCCAUAGUAUCACUCUGUAUUUUGUUCUAUUGGAAUCUCUCUGUUUAUUCCCAUUUCAUUAUAUCUUUUUAAAAUCUUUAUUGAAGAAGAAACAAUGUUGGCGAUAUUCAAGAAAGGAUUGGUGAAUCCACCUCAGGAGCUGAACAGCCCAGCUUCAUUGGCUUCAUCAAGAAAACCAAAGCUUCCUCAGGAAAUUCUCAAGGAUUUUGAAUCUUCUAAUGCUUUAUCAAUUAGCUUUGGAGAUGUUGCUUCUCUUGCUUAUAUUCCAUCACAGAAUCCUUACGCCAUUCACCAAAAGUUGUUUUGUGGAUUGAACGACAUGUACUGCAUUUUCUUGGGGAGCUUAAACAACCUAUGCAGCCUCAUUAGACAGUAUGGGCUAUCAAAAGGCACCAACGAAGCCAUGUUUAUAAUUGAAGCUUACAGGACCCUACGUGACCGUGGUCCGUACCCAGCACACCAGGUCCUCAAGGAUCUCGAGGGCACCUUCGGAUUCGUGGUCUAUGAUGCUAAUGCUGGACAAGUCUUUGCUGCCCUGGGUGCAAAUGGAGGUGUGGAGCUAUUCUGGGGGAUUGCAGCUGAUGGAUCUGUAGUGAUAUCCGACAACUUGGAAGUGAUUAAAGGAAGUUGUGCAAAGUCGUUUGCACCUUUUCCAGCAGGGUGCAUGUUUCACAGCCAACAAGGAUUGAUGAGCUUUGAACAUCCAAAGAGCAAAAUGAAGGCUAUGCCCAGAAUUGAUAGUGAAGGGGCAAUGUGUGGAGCCAACUUCAAGGUUGAUGUCGAAUCCAGGAUAAGCAGCAUGACUCGUGUUGGUAGUGAAGCCAACUGGGCUUUAAGGGGUUCGAAUGCCUAAGAUCGUCCAAGAGUGGAAUAGAAAUUCAAACUCUUAUUUUGUGUAUUUUCUCCUUUUCAAGCGCCUUGUUUAUAUUUUUCCCUUUGAUAAUUCUUGUUUCUCUCGGUGUUUAAUUUAUGGAACAAAGAGUAUUUUUCCCUCA